GCGAAAUCGGCGUUUCCGUUGGUAGGCCGGGAGGUGGGGCGGAUUCCCGAACCAAUGUGAGCUGGAGACGGGCCUGGUGUCAGUGCCCCGCGGCCGGCCGCGGGGGUUGCCGGUAGCUUGCGGGACCCAGGCGGCCGCCAUGCUGCUCUUCUGCCCGGGUUGCGGGAAUGGGCUAAUCGUGGAAGAGGGACAGCGCUGCCACCGCUUCGCCUGCAACACCUGCCCCUACGUGCACAACAUCACCCGCAAGGUAACAAAUCGGAAAUACCCAAAGCUGAAAGAAGUGGAUGAUGUGCUUGGUGGAGCAGCUGCCUGGGAGAAUGUUGACUCUACUGCAGAGUCCUGCCCGAAAUGCGAGCAUCCUCGUGCCUAUUUCAUGCAGCUUCAGACCCGCUCUGCAGAUGAGCCAAUGACCACUUUCUACAAAUGCUGCAAUGCUCAGUGUGGACACCGCUGGAGGGACUAGGGCCAGGCUGGCCCAGCUGUGUCAGUGUCUGCUCACCUUGUUCUCCAGGGUAAAUUCCCAGUCGGGAGUGUGAACUGGGUCCUGAGUUUUUGCUGGUGUGGCAGAAAGCUAACCCUUUUAGGGUAGCAGCCCAGGAUGUCAGCUUAUCUGCCAGUUAGCUUAUCUGCCAGUGAGCAGGUGAGCUCAUUUAUGUCCAGGGAGAUUUUGUUUGUGGGGGGAAGCGUAUCCAUAACGUAGUGUACUCUGUCUGUGGUCCUGUUGGUUUAUCUUUUACAUGAAUUGGGUAAUUGGUAUUCUCUCACCACCAGCUCUCUGAGAUAUGUACCCUGUUUGCACAACUGAUAAAAGUUUUACAAUUUAGUACAUUAGAUGUCCCUAAGUACCUGUUAAUUGCAAACUUAAUCACAAUCUGUUGUGAAUAUUUAAUUAAAAUGGAAAACCCAA